AUGCGCGCUCUAUUUCUCACCCCUAGUCUUUACGCCCUGGCGGCUGCUGGAUCUGACUACUGGCGUCAACGGGAUGCGUUUGCGCCCGUCGUCUUUGGCCCUGUUCAAGCAGGCAAUGAGCUCUGGAAUAGUCUACUUCCCUCGCAUGAAAGCUGUCAGGCAAAAGCGAACGAUACAGAUCCCGUCUGUGUCUAUUCCUCUCCCUUGUUCGCCUCGGGGCGCGGCAUCUCCAUCGUCACGACAGCACAGACCAUGGAGCACAUUGAACGCCUCCCUGCAUUCUCCGUUCCCGAUGCACAUCAUGCAUCGAGCAUCAACGAGCAGCCACCUAACCCACCCUUUGACGAGAGGGAUCUGCCAGGCCGUGGCAAAGGCCUGAUUGCGAAUAAGACACUGCAUCGGGGCGACCGCAUCUUUGCGCACACGCCCAUAUUAAUGUUUCAUGAGGAUGCUUCUCAAAGUCUACAAGAAGAUGUCUGGGCUGGGUUGGAGCAUGAUGCUGUGCGAAGCCUGCCCUUGCCCGCAAAGGACCUGUUCUGGAACCUUUUUGGGCAGCCGAGCUAUGGUCCCGCCCAAGGCCGAAUAUAUACCAACGCCUUCUCGAUUGAGAUCAAAGAUAUCGAGCACUAUGCGAUAUUCCCCGAGAUUGCACGUCUGAAUCAUGACUGCCGACCCAACGCAGCAUACUUUUUCGACGAAGCCACCCUCACCCAUUAUGUCCAUGCCCUGACGGAUAUACAUCCCGGCACGGAGCUCACGAUUACGUAUAUUGAUCCGCAAAUGUCUCGAAAGGAGCGAAUGGAGACUCUUGCCGAUACAUGGGGCUUCACUUGCUCUUGCAAUUCGUGCAGCAUGGCGGCACGGCUGAGCCUUGCAUCGGACGCGCGCCUUGCCAAGAUUGAGGAGAUGACAGAGGACUUUGACGUUGAGGAUAAUAUCAUGCCAUCCUCGAUGGCUCUAGCACUUGUUAGCCUAUACGAACAGGAGAGACUGUACGGCCCCGUGGCGGAUGCCUACCGAUAUGCUGCCACGGCCUUUUGCGCAGAAAAAGACCGGUGGGGUGCCAUCAAGUAUGCAAAUCUGGCUGUAGAAACUGGUAUGUUGGAGCAUGGUUUCAACGACCCAGAUGUAAAGUUGAUGGAGCAACUUGCUACGUCUCCGGAGACGCAGCCAUGCUGGUUUCACGCGAAAGACGGUCAUACUGAACUGGAGUGA